AAAACACUUUCCCGUUUUCACCCUUAAAACUCAACUAAUUAACGAUAAAGUUAUUUCUGUCCACCGAUUCCUCGCAGGAGAGGCAAUUCCCUGAAAACCCUCAAUCCUCCAUCCAUCUCCGACUAUACGCCGACGAAUCCUUCGUGAUUAUUUAGCCUUGGAUAAGAAGGUGGCAGAUCCGGCGAAGUUGGCUUUUUGGUUGAUUCUAUUUCGACUACCUUUUUUCUUCAUCGCUUGCUUCAAGGACCCAAGAACAUCAACGCGAGAAUGACCGAGGAUGCCGGCACGAAGCCCUCGGAGGAAUCCGUAGGGGCCGCAAGCGCCAUGCGGCAAAGGAAAAAGAGAAGAUGGGAUGAACCAGCUGAUUUUCUUAUUUCUACAGGGAUAUCUAUACCUGGUGCUAUUCCUAUUGGCUUCGGCAACUCCCUUGGUAUUUCUACUCCAGGAGUUUUGCCAGUUUCUAAUGCUAUUGCAACAAACACAUUAGUACCUUUGAUCACUCAUAGUGCUACCACACUUGUCCAGAAAUUAAGCCAGUCAAAGGUUCAAGAUGAACUAAUAGCACGAGAAAUCGUAAUAAAUGAUGCUGAACCAACUAUUCGAUACAAGCUUACAAAGCGUCAAACCCAGGAGGAGAUUCAGAGAAGCACGGGCGCCAUUGUUAUCACUCGAGGAAAGUACCGCCCUCCGAAUGCAUUGCCGGAUAAUGAAAAGCCUCUUUAUCUUCAUAUUUCUGCUGGUUCGCAUUUAAAAGACAUGGCAGAACGAAUUAUUGCUGUUGACCGUGCAGCUUCCAUGGUUGAGGAAAUACUGCGUCAAGGACACAACUUACUAUCAAAUUCCUGUUCGCACAGUGCUGGGCAGGUGAAUCAACCUAUGAGCAUUUGUUUGUUUCUGGGCUUUGAACCUGAUCCAUCUCAAAACAUUGCAGCUCGCAUUAGAGGACCUAACGAUCAGUAUAUAAAUCACAUUAUCAAUGAAACAGGAGCGACUGUUGUACUAAGAGGGCUUGGUUCUGGCAGUAAUGACAUUUCUCAUGCUGAAGAUGCUCAACAACCACUGCACCUGUAUUUGUCAAGUACAAAUUCCAAGAGUCUUGAAGCUGCAAGGAGUUUAGCUGAAAACCUUUUGGAUACAAUUUCUGCUGAAUGUGCUGUUUCCAGGGUUCCAUCAAGCAAAGUAUACCGUGCAGUUCCUCCUCCACACCAGUUGCUGGCAGGAGUAGUGAGCUCUGCAAAUGCGGAUCCAGUUGUCAGUUCAUCAUGCGCUGUUGCUGGCGUCACACAAGCAGGACAAUCUCUUGCAUCUAGCACAUCGGCAGUUUCCUCUCUGUCUACUGUGCUUCCUUCAGGUGUCUUAAUACCGAAUGGAAACCUGGCUAGCUGUGGUACCUCCAUACCAAACACAGGAAACUAUGUUUAUCCAACAGUAACUGGAGGAACAUGUUACAGUGGAUAUGGUGGGAUAUAUCCCCAGGCCACACCAUUGCAGCAAGUUGCUCUAGCGCUCAAACAGGCCCCUCUUUCAUCCACUUCUGUUGUUUCUUCAGCAGCUUCAAAUGCAAAUGCAUUGCCAAAGAUGACCUCAAGUUCAAAUGCUGAUAGAGAAAAACGGCCAUCUCAGAAGCGGAAAUUCCAGGAGCUACCGGUCACUUCGAAAGGGCUGUCUACUCUUAAUCAGAACUCACGACAGGGCUCAGAAUGUUUUAAGCCAGGUUUAGAGGAUGCUGCUGGAAAAAUUCCAUUCAUGCCUCCAACAAAGAAGUCGAGUCAGCCAGCGCUCGGAGAGUUGCCGCCACCGCCGCCGCCAAGAAUGAUGCCUCCCCCGCCACCAAAGUUUUCAUCCGAUCAUAACCGUAAUUCAAUCGCUGCGCCGCCUCCCCCGAACUUUCCAUCAUCCGAUUCACCUGUAGGGUUUCAAAAUCAGAAUCCGGCAAUGAGUCCAGCAGUCACUGAAACUCUUGUUCAGAGCAUAGUUUCAGAGAAAGCCAGCUUAGAACCAGCUUCUGAUACAUUUUUGAAGCUAGUUGAGUAUGAAGAAGAAGAGGAAGAGGAAAUGGUUGCCGCCGCCGAAGAAUCCUUUAGAAGCACUAGCUCAAAACCUUUUUGGGCUGUAUAAAAUGCUGCCUUUUAAAUUUUAGCAGAAUCCAGAAGCGGCUCUCAAGUUUUCUGAUUGAUGAUGAGUUUUGAAAAGUCGCUCAGAAAUUCUUAUGCCAUCUGAUGAAGCCUCACUGUGGUCCUUAAUUUCUGGAUUCAUGGCGCCCUAUGACCUGUGACUCCAAGACCUUGAGACCAGAAGAUUAGAAUGUUGAAUGCCUUAUUCAGUACUGUAAACAUUUUCCAUUUGUGUAGCAAAGUUAAAUAUAGUGAGAAAUUAGGGUUUGUAAGAAAGGCCAUUGUCAAUGUAGUGAGAAAAUAGGGUUUUUAAGAAUUGCCAUAGUUUAAACUUUUGAUAUUACUCAUUUCUGUCUCUUGUUCUAGUAGACUUUGGUCAGGAAUUUCAGAGAGAAUAUUUUAAUGUUCUUACUAAAUAUUUUACCCUAAGUUUAUAUGGCAUAGAUGCUUCAACAC